AUGAAUUCUUUUUCCAAUAAAACUAAUAUAAGAAGUACAAAAUCUGAAGUUAUUAAAAAAACUAGGGAUAACUUGAUUGAAGAUAAAAAUGAAAGUAACUUUAGUAACAGUAAUUAUUUACUUCAGAAAAAAAAUUUAAAUAUAAAUUAUGAUUUAACAGAAUUAGAAGCUAAUGAUUGCAAUAAUGAAUAUGAUAAUCAGUAUUUUUACUCAAAUAAAUUUUAUAAUAAUAUAAGUUUAAAUAGAAAUAAUGUUUCUAAUAAAAUCAAAUCUCCACGAUCGCAAUCAAUAAAUAUUUCUGGACCUACAUUAUCUAAAACAUCAAAUAUAUAUAGGAAUAAUGAUGAUAAAUUAUCAUGUUCUUCUUUUUAUGCAUUUAAAAAAAAGAAUAUAGAAAAAUUUUCAAUUGCUGAAUCUACUGAUAGUUUUAAGACACAAGCUAAUUCUCAAAUAGUAGAACAAUCUAUUGAGUUACUAAAACAUUUAAUUAAUCAAGAUAAAGAUGAUAUCUCUCAAGAAAAUGAUAAAAAAAAUAAAUUGCUUUUCAAAUUAAUUGAUAGAGUAAAAAAAUAUGAUAAUAAAUCAGAAAAUAUUCAAGAAGAAUACAAGCAUUCUAUUGAUUUAUAUAAAAAAAAAAUAGAUAUGUUAAAUUUAAAAUUUCUUAAAUUAAGAAAUGAAAAUAAUCAUUUAAAUAACGAAAAUGUUAUUCUUAAAACACAAUUAAAAAAUAUGAAAGAAAGUUAUCAUAACAUUAAUCAAAAUCCUGCAAAUAUCUCAAAUUCGAAAGAAAGAAUAAAAGAAGAAAUAUUAAAGAGUAAUGAUCAAAAAAAGAUAAAACCAGAUGAAAUUGAGGAAAUAAAAUCAAAUAAAUCAAUAAAUUAUACUUCACAAUUACCAUCUAGACAUUCUUACAAAAAAAAAUUAGUUGAUAAUGAAGUUCAAACAGAUGACUAUUUAACAAAUAAUUGUAAUUCAUCCGAUGAAUCUAAAGGACGAUUUUUAAAUAUCAAUAAAGAAAAUGAUUUAAAUAAAAAUUUCUUAUAUGAAAAUGAUAUCAAUAAAAUUAGAGAGCAAAUUAAAAAAGAAGUAACGGAAGAGAUUUCUAAUAAAUUAGAAAAAAAAUAUAAAGAAGAAUUCCUUAAUUCAAGAAAAUCCCUAUCCUUAGGUAGUUUAAGUGAUACAGAAGAAUUUUCAUUGGAUAACAUUUUUAACAAAUUUAGAAAUCAACUAGAUGAACAAAUAAAUGAGACCAUUAACAGUUAUAAAAAUAAUUUUAUUCACAAUUUUAAGGAUUUGUUGAAUACAGCUAAAGGAAAAGAAAGUUAUUCAAAAGAACCAGAUGAACAGUUAAAAGAAAAUGAAAUAAAAAAUUCUAUAGAACCAAUUAGUGAUAAAAUUAAUGAUUGCAUAAAUAUGGUAGAAAAAAUUACGAAAAUUAAAAAGGACAAAAAAAAAAAAGAAGAAAAAAUAAUUAAUAACAAUAGCAAUUUAAUUAACGUAUUAAACAAUGUAAAUAAAGAUAUAAAUAAUAUAGAUGAUAUGAUUUAUAACAUUAAUGCAAAUAUUUAUCAAAAUAAUUUUUUUAACUUUGAAGAAAAUUAUCCAGAAGAAUUAAGUAUUAUAAACAAAAAAUUUUCUGAAACUGAUGAUGAAAAGGAAGAUGAAAUUAAAAGUCACAAGUCUUUUGCUAAUAAUACAGAUAAUAAUGACGAAUAUAUUAAUAACGAUCAAAAUAAUAUAAACACUAAUAUUAAACUUUAUCAAAAUGAUGGAUUAGAAUAUAAUAAAGUGAAUUAUAUCACGAAUAACGAAAGAGAUUUAGAUAGUACAUUAAUGGAUAAUAAAAUAGAUAACAUAUAUGAUGAAACAAUGAAUGAUAAUUAUUUCCAAAAAAAUAAUAUUAAAAAUUAUGAAAAAUAUUCUGAUAAUAUGACAAAUGGAAAUUUAAAUAAUAAUGAUGAUUAUAAUACACCUCAAAAGUUCUUGGAUGAAAAUAAUAGGCAUAUAAUAGAUAAUACAAAUGUAGAAGUAGAACAUUAUAACAAAAACAAAAUGCAUAAUAAAAAAUCUCAAAACAUAAAUUCUAGUUUAAGUGAUAAUAACAUAAAUAUUAACAACGAAAAGAAAAAAAGUAGUAAUGAAUCUGUAUAUGGAUAUCUGGAAUCAAAUACAGAGAAUGUUGAAUAUGUAAAUAAUAAAACAAAAAAUAAGUUUAGAAAUAAUAUAUCUGAUAAAAAAUUAAAAAAAAAAAAUUUAAGUGAUAAUUUUAUUAAUAAUACGGAGUUAUGGAAAAAAAAUGGAAGUGAUAAUUUUAAUGAAAAUGGGGAAUAUUUUUAUAAUUUGAUUAAUUCAUCAAAUAAUGUAAAAAUUGAGAGGGGUGACAUAGAUGUUAUCACUAAUAACGUAAAUGAUGAGAAUAAUAAUACUUAUAUAAAUUUUGAUCAAAAAAAUAUAUCAAAUAACAAUAAUGUAUAUGACUUUAAUCAUCCAACAUUUACUACUAAUGACGAUAAAAGGGAAGAGUUUCAGUCAAAUAUAUACAAUAAUAAUAAUAAUAAUAAUAAUAAUAAUAAUAAUAAUAAUAAUAAUAAUAUUGAUAAUAAUAACAAUAUAUUUAGUGGUAAUACAGAUAACUUAAAUUAUGAAUCAAAUAGAAAUUCAGUAAAUGUUGUUAAUAAAGAUAAUUGCAAUAACUAUAAUGUUGGAAAUAAUCAAGAUAAUAACAUGAAUAACUAUUAUAAAAAUAAAGACAACAUAAUGUAUGAAAAUGAUAAAUAUAAUAACAAUAACUAUUGUAAUAAUGAUACUAGCAAUAUUGUUGAUGAUAAUAAUUGUAACAUUAUAGAUAACGGUGACAUACAUAAUUUUAACAUAGCAAAUGGCUAUAAUAUAUAUAAUUUUGAAAAUAAGGAUUACAAUAAAAAUACAGAAAAAAAUAUAGUAAAUUGUUCUAUUUAUUCUUAUCAUCCUUUACUCAAUAAAAAAGAUAAUUUUCCUUGUACUAAUGAGAGUAAUGAAAAACAACAAAAUGAACAUGAAAAUAAAUGUAUAAAAAUGAUGAGUGAACAAAUUCAUCCUAAUAAUAAUUUAAGAUUUACUGAAAAUGAUGAAGUAAAGAAAAAAGGUAAAAAUUUCAAUUAUGAAAAAGAAAAUAGCAUAACAUAUCCUUUUAAAAAGUUAUCUGAAUCAACAGAAGAAUUAAUUCAUUUUGAUCAUACAAAAAUGAAUGAUUCAAUAAAACCAAAAGAAGAAAACCACAAUAUAUCUAAUGAAGAAAUAAAUAAUAAUUUCUCUUAUAACAACAAUAAUAAUAAAAAUAAAUACAACACACAUGAAAUUUCAACAUUAAAAAAAAAUGGUAAAAAUUAUACACAUGAUAUAAAUUGUUUAAAUAAAAUGAAUGUAAAUAAUUUUGAUUUAGAUGAAAAUAUAAGGAUGAAUAAUUAUAAAAAUUAUGGUUUCUUAAAAAAAAAAGACUCUUAUGAUUCUAGAGAAGAUGGAGAUACAAAUAAUAAGUAUAAUUUAUUUUAUAAUUUUAAUAAUGAAAAUAAUAAAAAUGAUUAUAUAAAAGAAUAUGAUAAUCUUCAAAUAGAUGAUUCAUCGAAUAAUAUUAUUUCUAAUUAUUAUAAUAAAAAUUCCAAUUUAAGAAGAGUUAAUAGUACCACUAUUAAUACAAACAAAAACAACACUAAUAAUAUGUAUUCAAAAAAUAAAAUUAAAUUAAAUACAAAAAGUGAAGUUCCUUAUAAUUUAUCUAAAUUACAAAAAACAAAAACAAAAAAGAAUCUAGAAGAUCUAUUCUCAUAG